GCCUUAUUAGUCACGAAGCCAAAGAAAUCAUAUCACAUUCUCCCUGUUAGACAGAAUGGCUUUUCCUCAUGGUAUGAGCUUGCACGUUACAGUGUACGUUGCCCCUGAAAAUGUUGACAGCUUCUUCGCUGCUUUCAAGCCAGUUUUCGACAAGGUAAUCGCUGAACCGGAGUGUCUUUUCUUUGAGGUAUAUCAGAUCCCGAAUACGCCUGGGAAAAUCUCAUGGGUUGAAGAUUGGAGCAAAUCCCCAUACUGGUUUCUCAAGGAACAGAUCACAAAGGAUUACUACAAAGAGUACCUUGCAGUUACAGAACCAAUGUUCAUCAAGCCAAGAGAAUUCCAGUUCUAUGAGCGGCUUGGUGAUGAGUACUACUAUCGCGCUAGUGCUAGUCACUGA